GCGCAAAGAGGUGCCUGGCAGUUCACUAUCACUGACGCUAGAAUUACCUCUGUGAACAUGAUCUAGGCGGGUAUGAGUUACCUUAGUUAUCCGCCACCUGCCUUGGCCUAGGCAGAUAAAAUUUCCACCGUAGGUGCAGUGGGCUUAUCGCCCAUGACCGAACGAACCUUGACGGGUCCCGAGUCGACCUCAAGCUGCAAUCUCUCCUCCUUUCUGCAAUUUCGCAAUCCACACCCUGCAACUCACCAUGCUACAUCCGCGUGAUUUUUACCCCGCUCAGUCUGGUCAUUGUUGCGAUUGUGAGGUGGACGUCUUGAGAAAGAGCUCGGCAUAGAGAGUGUCGACUGGGUGGCUCUCGAUGCUAGCCGCCAUGUUCAAGAGAUCGCCACCAGGCAAGAGUUAUGCUUACGCAUCCAAGUCCGAUCAAGUCCAUGAGGACGAUGACGACCAGGCGGACGGGGCCGAUACUGAUAGCCAAGAGACCGUCAUUGGAGCGACGGCUUCUGAACCCCGGCCGCUGCCCGUCCGCCGUGACACCCCCGGGGAUGUGAGCGAGAUCUCGCCAUUGCUGGCUACGACACCGCCGGAAAGCCAGGGAGGCUAUGGAGCCAGUCACGGAAUUAGCCAUGGCUCUGACUUGGAGGGCCAGAAACCACCGACCCGCAGGUCAUGGCUUGCGAGCAUGGCCGACUCCUUCCGGCGCAUGGAAGGCUGGGCGUCCCGUAUCGCCUCCACCAUCGUGCAUCCGAGCCACUGGGACCGCCAUGCCCUUUGGGAGGCCGUCUUCGUCGCACCUGUGGCCUGCCUGCCUGCUGUUGUUGUUGGCUUGCUCCUCAACAUUUUGGAUGCGUUGUCAUAUGGCAUGAUCUUGUUUCCCCUGGGAAGCCCCAUCUUUGCGAGCCUGGGAUCCGCGGGGAUAUCGAUGUUCUACGUCAGCUGUAUUAUAUCUCAAUUCACCUUCUCAGCGGGGAGCAUAUUCAAGGGCGGAAUAGGUUCCGAACUGAUCGAAGUUGUGCCCUUCUUCCACAACAUGGCCGCCACCAUCGCUGAUGCCGUUGGUGAAGACAAGCCCGAGGCUGUCAUUGCCACAACUAUCACGUCGUACGCGCUGAGCGCCAUCCUGACGGGCGCCGUGUUCUACCUGAUGGGCAGGUUCAGGUUUGGCUAUCUGGUUGGGUUUAUCCCACGCCAUAUUCUGAUCGGCUGCAUUGGAGGCGUUGGCUUGUUCUUGGUUGCGACAGGUUUUGAGGUGACGGCGCGCCUGGAGGGCAGCUUCAACUACGACCUUGACACGCUCCACCGGCUGACACGGGCCGAUACUCUUGCCCUUUGGAUCAUCCCCCUCGCCCUGGCUGUCAUCCUGUUUACCGCCCAGUCAAGGAUCACGUCCAAGUACUUCCUACCCUUGUACAUCCUCGCCAUCCCCGCGGUCUUCUACGCCUCGACCGCUGCCUUCAACUUGUUGGACCCGCAGAAGCUGAGAGACGGCGGCUGGGUCUUUGAAGGUCCACCCGCAGGAGAGCCUUGGUGGUAUUUCUACACGCUAUACAAGUUCGAGCUGGUCCAGUGGGGGGCUAUUGUACAGUGCGUCCCGGCAAUGCUUGCUCUCACCUUCUUCGGCGUCUUGCACGUUCCCAUCAACGUGCCAGCGCUGGCUUUAAACACGGGUGAGGAUCACGCCAAUCUUGACCACGAGCUUAAGCUACACGGGUACUCGAAUCUCCUCGCUGGCAUGGCCGGCAGCAUUCAAAACUACCUAGUCUACUCGAACAGCCUGUUCUUUAUGCGCUCAGGGGGUAACACCCGCCUGGCCGGGGUUGAGCUGGCGAGUUUUACCUUUUUGGUCAUGCUGACCGGGCCUUCGCUGAUCGGUUUCAUUCCCGUUAUGAUGGUCGGUGUCCUGAUCUUCGACCUGGGCUUCGAGCUGCUCGUCGAGGCCGUGUGGCAGCCGAGAAAGAAGCUGAAGCUCGCCGAAUACUUGACCGUGCUGGCAAUAGUCCUCGUCAUGGGGACCUAUGAUUUCGUCGUCGGGAUCGGCGUGGGCAUUCUCUUGGCGUUCGCGUCCCUGACCUUCCAGACGUCGCGAGUUUCCGCCAUCCGAGCUACUUACUCAGGUGAGGUGGUAGGGUCAACCGUGCGGAGGAACCCGACCCAGCAGCACUAUCUCCGGCAAGUCGGCCGCCAAAUCAGCAUCAUCAAGCUCUCUGGAUAUCUAUUUUUUGGCACCAUCGUCGGCGUGGAAGACAGGAUCAGGGCCCUCAUCGCCGAUGACGAGUUCAGCAGACGGCCGAUCAAGUUCCUGAUCCUCGACCUCUGGCUCGUCACGGGCGUCGACUACUCAGCCGCCGAGGUCUUCAACACCAUCAGCCGCCUGCUGAACGGCAAACGAAUCGAGCUUGUUAUAAGCGGCAUCGACCCGGAGCACGGCCUGGGCCGCACUCUGAGGACGGUCGGCCUUGGGGCGGAAGGCAUUGAGGUCAAGCUCAUGCAGGAGCUCAACUCGGCGCUGGAGUACUGCGAAAACGAGCUUCUCAAGACGCUGUACCUCAACCAACAAGAGUCAGCCAGCGCCCGCACCGCCUCGACGGCCAACCUGGACGUGCCCCAGCCGCCCUGCGCCCACCAAGCCCGCGAUCUGCUCGCCUCGUCCCCGCGCCGCGACCACCUCCGCGAGGCGGCGCGCCUGUCCCUCAAGCAGGUGGAUGCCAGGCUCUCGACCCGCUGGCAGAGCUUCACGCAGCCGGUCCGGCUGAUGCUGCAGAUUUUCCACGACGUGAGCGACAAGAACGAGGACUUCUGGUUCCGCGCCGCGCCCUACUUCCGCCGCGCCGCGUACCCCGCCGGCACCGUGCUGUUCCGCCGCGGCGAGCGCGCCGAGGGCUUCUACCUGGUCGAGGCGGGCGUCCUGCGCGCCGAGUACGACCUGCCGCAGGGCUGGCUGUUCGAGAGCAUCGUGGCCAGCACGACCUGCGGCGAGCUGCCCUUCUUCUCCGAGACCAACCGGACCGCCACCUGCGUGGUCGAGCGCGACUGCGUCGUCUGGCUGAUGGACGCCGAGGGCUGGGCGAGGCUGCAGAAGGAGGAAGCGGACGUCGCGCAGGAGCUGCUGCGCAUCUCGCUUAAGAUGACGAGUGAGCGCAUGUCGGUGAUCACCUCGUACACGUUGACCAUGGCUGGCUAAUUCAUUACUGUGUCUGGUAUGGCGGUUUUGGGGGGUGGAAGGGGACGGAGCGCGGUUUGGGGCGGCGGUUUUCUGACUUUCAGUGCGCAUGGGAAGGGUGGCAGCUUGGUUAGACGGUCGCAUGCAUGCAUUCAUCCCACACGGGACAGGUUGGCUGUUUUGGUAACGUAGUGUCAUCUAUUUAGAAAAGUUGAGCGUAGAUAAAAGUUGCGCUUGCCGAGAUUCAAUGACUUGUUUGAGAUCCUAUGGCAGGACACCCCUUACUUACCAGUUCUCUGAUCAAGGGUCAUAGUGAUGUGACGGAUGGGGUUUGCUGUUGCGUUCACCCCUUCGCUCAAGAGUUACAAAA